CCUGCUCAAAAUGUCACCCGGCUGUUAGCCGUUUCAUUUGAGACGCUACCUCGUUACCCAAAAAAGAAACUUCAUCUGUCUGACAUGUAUGCUUUGGCAACAUCGAAGACAACAGUUGUUCUCACAGGUGCCUGUUCCAGUGUGAGCCCUGUAGCUGCUGUGAAAGUGAAACUCUGAUAGUUUCCAAGCUGCACUUCUGACUGCUGCCCUUCUUAAUGAGGUACAGAGGAGCACAGAUCUGUCGCUGGGCUCAUGGCUCGUGCUGCCUGUCUCACCUCUCCCUGCCUGGAUCUCUAUCAGGCAGAAUCACUCUGGUCCGAACCUACAGUGCUCAUCAUCAGGCCAGCCCCCCCUCACCCUCUAACCCUGCACCCCCUGAUGGGAAGGGAGGAGCUGAGGAAGCAAAGGAGCGAGCCCUGGCUGCCUUACAGCAUGCAGGUGAUUUGGGGCGGCAGUGGGGUCAGAGGUCAGCUCAAACCGCCACUGCCACAGUCAACUACUGGUGGGAGAGGUACGAGGAGUUUGUUGGACUUAACGAGGUCCGCGAGGCUCAGACCAAGGUCACUGAGGCUGAGGCAGCCUUCAUGGUGGCCAGAGGGAUGGUACGCGAGGCUCAUGCUAGCCUGGAGGUCCUGCAGGGCAGACUGAAGGAGGUCCGAGACCGGCUGGACAGAGUGUCCAGGGAGGAGGCCCACUACCUGGAGUUGGCCACGCAGGAGCACAAACUGCUGCAGGAGGAGCGUCGUCUCCGGACAGCGUAUGAGAACGCUGAGGGUUCAGAGAGAGAGAAGUUUGCUUUGUUUUCAGCAGCCGUCAGGGAGAGCCACGAAAAGGAGAGGACGAGAGCGGAAAGGACCAAGAACUGGUCCGUCAUCGGCUCGGUGCUCGGAGCCCUGAUCGGAGUCAUGGGAUCGACUUAUGUCAACCGUGUCCGCCUGCAGGAGCUGAAGAGUCUGCUGCUGGAGGCCCAGAAAGGUCCAGAGAGCCUGCAGGAAGCCCUCAGAGUCCAGGCUGGAAACCACCGCUCCCAGCAGGACGAGCUCCGAACGCUUAUCGACAGCCUCAGGGUCACGCUGAAUGAUGCCUUCUCACAGAGGGGCAGCGUCCCUCAGGGCAAAGGAGGUCCGACACGAGACACACCCACUGUGCCCCUUUCAGCCUUAAAAGACCUUCACAUCAGUAGCCAAAGGACCCAGUCCCUCCUGGAGUCCCUCCCGCCACAGCUGGGACAACUGGAGCAAGGACUUGGUAGAGUUGAGAGCAAAUUGUCAGUGGUGAACAGGCUGCUGGACACCACACCGCAGGCAGCAACGCAGGCGGGUGAGCUGCAGUUAGCAAGACCAGAGAUAGCAGAAAGAGGGGACCAGUGGGAAUCUGAGGUGGUGGCGAGGCGCCUGGAGGAGACCCAGAGGACGCUGGGAGAGCGAAUCAGAGAAAACACUCUUUAUAAUGCUGUGUUUACCUACACAGCCACAGCCAUCACCAUCUCUGCUGUCUACCUGCUGCUCAGGGGAACUGGUUAGAUGUGAUACCUCCAGUCUGAAUAUGUUCACCCACACUGUAACAGUCUCAGUCACUGCGAGCACUAAUCUGAAUCUGUUAAACUGCUUAGAGGUGUUGAUCUGGGCUUUUUUUGCUGCUGCUGUUUUCCACUCUACUGAAAAUCUGAGAGAAACUGGUGGUUUCUCAAAACUUUAAUUCUGUGAACUAAGGAUAAAACAUCAUUAUAAAAAUUAAUAAUAUUAAUAUUUAUGGUCUCUUUUCCAUCACUACUCAAUAAAUAUUUUAAUAAUUUCAAUUCAAUUCGUGAGAUAAAGCAUGUUGUUUUUUUUCUUGAUAAAUGAAAAAUCCAAAGCAGCUUUGUAAGAAUUCAGGGUUUGUGUAUGUGGACAGCGGCAUCGGUCUCUGUCACUGAGGGAGACCGUCAGAUAAAGGGGGUGAACACCAGUUUAGCUAAAACCUUCUGCUGUGUUCAUUCUGUACCUGCUGCUCAGAGACACAGAAAAAAAAUGAAAUGAAAAAAUGUCACGAUUAUUUACCUGAGACCCACUUCCACAUCAACACCUGCGACAGUCAAAACAUCAUUUCUGAAGAGCAUUUAGGAAAACUUUAAUGAUAAUUUAAUGAUGAUUUAAAUAUGAUAUAUGGGGUUACUUGAUGGGGUACAUGUCGCUAAGUUAGACCAGUGCCAAGUGAGAUUUUAACCUUGGUGACUUGAUUCAGCCUUGUAAUCAUCAGCCUUGUCGGUAGCUGAACCUCAGUGGGACCACAUUUCCUGUUCAUGAUCCCACCUUUGGGAUCUUUGGGAUUCAUUUCCAGUCUGUGCCAAGCUGAAACAGCAUAACGUUCAGACAACAGACUCAUUUCACUGGAAAUUAUACUUGAGAUCAAUACAGGUAUAAACACCUGAAGGAAACGAUGAUAUGAAUAAAUGAACUGUGAGAUAGAAUUUUUUCUUACAAGAUUAUUGUAAGAAAAAAUUGUCAUGUGAACUGGAAAAAGGUGAAGUCUCCUUAUUCACCUUUAAUCACUGCGUUGGAUUACAAAAACAUAAAAUAAUUUUUUUUUCUCUGCACUGAAUCAAUGCUCUCUUUCCCCCAAAUACCAACUGCAUGAGACAAAAUGUCAAUGAAGCUGUGGAGACUCUGUCCUCAACAGUGGAAUUCCUUUUAAAAUCUCCUCCGGUACUUUAACUCCAGGGUUGUUGUGUGUUUUCAUGUUGCUGUUGUUGUGUGUUUUCAUGUUGUUGACAGCGUGCACUGAGCUGGAUGAUGAUCACUGUGCAUUAAAUGUUCGAAGGGAAAA